CAUGCCUCCCUGGACAAGGAGCUGACAGCUGCCUGCUCGUUUGUGAGAGAAUAGUCUCCCGGAGUCGGCAUGGAGGAGUUUGUUAAGACCCAGCUUGAGCUCCUGAAGGAAGAGAGAGAAGCUGAAAUUGAAGAGGCGAGGACCUGGCGGGAAAAUGUCUCCUUAAAAGAAUUACAGAGGAAGGGAGUCUGUCUGCUGAAGCUGCAGGUAGCAAACCAAAAAACAGGGCUGUACGGACGCCUUCUGGUAACCUUCACACCCAGGAAGUAUGACGCUGAAGCAGUGCUGCCGAGUAACAGCUUCGGAUCAGGGGACAUUGUGGGUGUUUAUGAAUCCAUCAGCCCGAAUGAGCCUCUUGCUACCGGCAUUGUGUCUGGUGUCACACAGAAAGUUAUCAAUGUAGCCUUUGAUGACACUCAUAGUGAGGCCUUAAAUCUGGGAAGUGAUAGUACAUACAGGCUUCUGAAGUUGGCAAAUGACGUUACUUACAAAAGGAUAAAAAAGGCUUUGACCACACUGAAUCAGUACCACACAGGACCUGCAACUUCCAUCAUAGAUGUUCUUUUCGGAUCAUCUGAACCAAGCAGUGCUGGGUUGUCAAGGCCUGUGGAAUUUCUCAAUCCGUCUUUGGAUGAUUCACAGAAGGAGGCAGUUGUUUUUUCUUUAAACCAGAGAGAAGUUGCAAUUAUUCACGGCCCCCCUGGUACUGGUAAAACGACAACGGUGGUAGAAAUCAUCCUCCAAGCUGUGAAGCAAGGGCUAAAGGUCCUUUGCUGCGCUCCUUCCAAUGUAGCCGUGGACAAUAUAGUAGAGCGCCUGGCUGCUUACAAAGAGCGGAUAUUACGUUUGGGGCAUCCUGCACGUCUUCUGGAAUCCUUGCAGCACCACUCUCUGGACGCUGUGUUGGCACGUAGUGAUAACGCUCAGAUUGUUGCUGACAUCCGCAAAGAUAUCGAUCUGACGUUUGCAAAAAUGAGAAAACUGCGCAAGGAAGAAAAAGGUGGCUUCAGAACAGAAAUGAAAGCUCUUAGGAGAGAACUGAAAGAACGCGAGGAGGCAGCCAUGAUCGAAACGUUAAAAGCCGCCAAUGUUAUCCUCAGUACAAACACAGGUGCUUCCCCGGCCGGCCCUCUGAAACUGCUUCCUGAUAAUUACUUUGACCUGGUGGUGAUUGAUGAGUGCGCUCAGGCGAUAGAAGCCAGCUGCUGGAUCGCUCUACUGCAGGCGAGAAAGUGUAUCUUGGCCGGAGAUCACAAACAGCUACCACCCACCAUCAUAUCUCACAAGGCUGCAUCAAGGGGCCUGUCCCUCAGCUUGAUGGAGCGGAUAAUAAAGAAGUAUGGGGACAGAGUGGUGAAGAUGCUGACCGUGCAAUAUCGUAUGAAUGACUGUAUAAUGCAGUGGGCUUCACAAGCAUUGUAUGAAAACAGGCUGACUGCACACUCCUCUGUCGCACGCCAUUUACUCAAAGACCUACCUGGAGUGGCAUUAACUGAGGAGACCAGUAUACCAUUACUACUUAUAGACACGGCACACUGUGGACUGUUUGAGAUGGAUAUUGAAGAUGAGCAGUCAAAAGGGAAUCCAGGCGAGGUGCGGUUGGUGGAUUUACACAUUAAGGCGCUGACUAGUGCUGGUUUGAAAGCUCGGGAUAUUGCUGUAAUAUCCCCCUACAACCUGCAGGUGGAUUUGCUACGCCAGUGUCUGCGGCACAGGUACCCAGAUCUUGAAAUUAAGUCUGUGGAUGGUUUUCAAGGAAGAGAAAAGGAAGCCGUUAUAUUGUCCUGUGUAAGAUCCAAUUCUAAAGGUCAGUGGACUAUACAUGAACAGUCCACGUCUUUUGACAGUCUCU